UAAGAAUUUAUUUGCACCUGGGGGCAAAAAGGAAAAAGAAAAAAAGAGCUAACAUUGUUUUUUUUUUUUUGAUGAGAAGAGUAAACAUUGUUGACAUUGACAGUCUCCUGCUUUCAUAUGAAAAGCAGUUUGGGGUUUUGAAGAUCAAUGGAAGACAGCAAAAUCUCCCAAAAUAUUCUUCCCUCAAAUUAUGUCACUCUCGUUCAAUUGCAAGAACGCUGGAAGAAACAGCAACAAGAUCGGAGUAAUGAUCAUCAUCAUCAGCAACAGCAGAAACAGAAUCACAAGGAGCAACAUAAUAAUCAUCCAUCAAAUUCUGUAACCCUAACUCAACCGCAGCAACAAUGGAAACAAAAUAAGCAUCAGAAACAACAACAGCAACAACAAGAAUAUGACGAGGAUAAAAAGCAAACACAGAAGCAGCAGCCGGAAGAAGAACAACAAAUUGACGGCAAAGAUAAACAAAUUAAUCGAGGAAAUUACGGCCGAAAUCGCAGGCUUAAGAAUAGGAAUUUCACGGGAAGCGGUUCCGGAGCUUCUCCUUCUGUAAAAGAAAACCAAAACCAGAAUGAAAACGACGCCGUUCCGGUGGCUUCUGCUGUUGAAGGACACGACGCUGCGUCCAUCCCGAUUUUUGUUGCUGUUGAAGGAAAUGAGAAGGAAAUAAAGAAGAAAAAGAAGUGGAAUAAGAGGAAAAAUUUUAAGAGUAAAAAAGAGAAGGAAUUAAUCAAAGAUGGAGAAACAGCCAUUACACAAGGGGAGGAGGCAGAGAAAGCGCCAGUGCGUGAAAAACACGCGCCUCUGAUUAAGAGCCAGAAGGACAAUAUUAUUCCGCCGAUGAGGUACGGGAGGAAGAGAAACACGGGGAUGAUUAACUGUAUUUAUAGGGCAAAGAAUGCGGUGGAGACGGUGAGAGAAAAGGGUGUCGAAAUAAUUGACAUGAAAAUUGGGGAACUCUCAGUAGACGAAGAGAAUCAUGAGAGAUCAGAGAAGCAAAAUGGGGUUGUUGCUACUGAUGCUAAUGGCAGUAAUUAUAGUAACAGCAACUGUAGUGUGUAUAAAGCCUCUAAUAGGAGUGUUAAUAACCGUAGGAAUAGUCAGCAUGGAGGUUAUAACGGCAGGAAUGGUCAGUAUGGAGGUCAUAAGGGACGAAAUUUGGGAUACAGAGACUAUGAAUAUGAUUGUGGUAUCCGUGGGCGUAAUUGGAGGUUUGCUCAGCGUAAUGGGUCUAUUGGAAUGGUUUGGGUGAAGAAAGGAGAGGCUGCUGAUGGUGAGGGUACUGGAAAUCAAAGCUCCAGCAGCUCAGUCAAGGACUCUGAUUCCUGAAUGAUUCAUUUGAUUGGUCUUAUGGUCAUGGCUAGAGGAGGAGAACUAAACAGAGAUUUUAGUGCAGCAGUGAAGUUGGAAGAAAAAUUAAUAUGUAUUUGGAGAGAAUGUCUAAAAUGUAAAUUAAACUGAUAUUAGAUUGACUUGUCGAUUUAUCUUGCUUAAUUUCUCUGCUUUGUUUUA